GGGCCCACGUCAGAGGCCUCGCUGUGUUGUCAUUCGGCGGCUGCUAGAGGACACGAUCAAGAUGGCGGCGGUGCCCGGGUUGGUGCGGAGACCCCUCGAGCAGGUCUCCGGGCUGCUGAGGAGGCGCUUCCACCGGUCGGCGCCGGCGGCGCUGCAGGUGACAGUUCGUGAUGCUAUUAAUCAAGGUAUGGAUGAGGAGCUGGAAAGAGAUGAGAAGGUCUUCCUGCUUGGGGAAGAAGUUGCCCAGUAUGAUGGGGCAUAUAAGGUUAGUCGAGGCCUGUGGAAGAAGUACGGAGAUAAGAGGGUCAUAGACACUCCCAUAUCUGAGAUGGGCUUUGCCGGAAUUGCUGUAGGUGCAGCUAUGGCUGGGUUGCGGCCCAUUUGUGAAUUUAUGACCUUCAAUUUCUCUAUGCAAGCCAUUGACCAGGUUAUAAACUCAGCUGCCAAGACCUACUACAUGUCUGGGGGCCUUCAGUGUGUGCCCAUUGUCUUCAGAGGGCCCAACGGCGCCUCGGCAGGUGUGGCUGCCCAGCACUCUCAGUGCUUUGCUGCCUGGUAUGCACACUGCCCGGGCUUAAAGGUGGUCAGCCCCUGGAAUUCAGAGGAUGCCAAAGGAUUGAUUAAAUCAGCCAUUCGAGAUAACAAUCCAGUGGUGAUGCUAGAGAAUGAACUGAUGUACGGAGUUCCUUUUGAACUUCCCACAGAAGCUCAGUCAAAAGACUUUUUGAUUCCUAUUGGAAAAGCCAAAAUAGAAAGGCAAGGGACACAUAUAACUGUAGUUGCCCAUUCAAGACCUGUAGGCCACUGCUUAGAAGCCGCAACGGUGCUGUCUAAAGAGGGAAUUGAAUGUGAGGUGAUAAAUAUGCGAACCAUCAGACCAAUGGACAUUGAAACAAUAGAAGCCAGUGUCAUGAAGACCAAUCACCUCGUAACUGUGGAAGGAGGCUGGCCACAGUUUGGCAUAGGAGCUGAAAUUUGUGCCAGGAUCAUGGAAGGACCUGCGUUCAAUUUCCUGGAUGCCCCUGCAGUUCGCGUCACUGGUGCCGACAUCCCUAUGCCUUAUGCAAAGAUUCUAGAAGACAACUCUGUACCUCAGGUUAAAGACAUCAUAUUUGCAAUAAAGAAAACAUUAAAUAUCUAAUUUAGACUUGAAUUUCAAGUCACUGGGAUUUAAAGUAUUUGCUUACACUUCUCGUGGACUGUACUGUAAGACCUCAUCAUUCAUAAAGUUAUCUCUAAAGCAGCAACACAUUUUUGUACUGGAAAGAAGUUUAAAUGUGCUUGUAUGGAACAGUUCUCCACCCUCCUGCCCUAGAUUCCAUGCUUUUUUGUUGUUAAAAUUGUCGUGUUCUCUGAGUAAGACUAAUGUAAAAUUUUACUCUCUCAUUAGAAGGGCAAGGUGUGAUUGUGGCCGUGUCCUAAUGAAAGAUGGAUCCAAAAAACACAUGUAAAAAUAAAAGCAUAUUAUCCA